GGGGGGAUUUGAGUGGGGGAAUGUCAGGUUCAAGCUAAGGAAGUAAACAGUGGAAAACAGCCAACUCUCUGUCGUUCUUUUUAGAUAGAAACCCACAGUGAGUUACAGGCGUAACAUAACAUCUUCAAGACUUCAUAAAAACUUAAGGAACAGAUACUUAUGGUUUUUGAGUGAAUUUCGAUCCGAGUUUUGAUCGGUAAAACUUACGUUUUAAAACGAUUUUCUGACAGUUACAGCCAUUGUUAGGGAGACGCCAGCGUGUCGUCAUUUGUUAUGGUCACGUGGUACAAGACCGCUGCUUGUUGGCAAGAACCAGCAGUAACAUAACGGCUUGCUACGAGAACGGUAUCGGGUUUGAAACAAAUACGUAAAGUUAUCGCUUUUCAUGAAUGAAAUUGCACAUGUAUUUACCACAAUGGUAAUAUCGUGUGUGGUUGUUGGUUGUACGAAGCGUUUUGAGAAGGUAUCAGGCUUGAAAUUUCACCGAAUACCGAUUUCAGGAGAGAGAAGAUGGCGGUGGCUUCAGCCAUCAACAGGAAAGCAGCAGAGAUCGUAUUUGUGGCUCCCACUUUUCUUCAGACAGGAGCACAGUAUGGAAGGCGAAUGAUGACUGGUUACCUGUCUUCAAAAGGAAUCCAAGCAUCUGAGGGACGUGUUGGUAGUGUCUUGAGACAAGUUAACCAACCAUAUCAUGCUGAUCGUUGUCUGAGAUUGAGGAACCUGAAUCCAGUGCCGUACAGUGCUGAAUACAUGGGUCACAAACUGCACUUGGAUCAAAAUGAAAAGCUGGUGAUGUUUGGGGUGAACAUGUCCUCGCUGUAGAUGGUUUCUCCAGCAAAAUUGUCAGCCAUUCAACAAUGCCUGUCAAAAACAACCUGACAAUAUAUCAAGAGGUGUUCAGAAAUGCGGUCCUGCAGUACGGCAUGUGGGACCAGAUCCGUGUAGACCACGGAAAAGAGUUCUACUUGACCCUCUUCAUGCAGGAGAAACUGGCAAGCCACAGAAAUAACACAGCGAGGCAGCCAUAUUUGCAAACGGCGUCAACACAGAAUCAUAUUGUUGAAAGGAUGUGGGCAGAAGUCAACAACAGAGUGAACUACCCACUGAAAACGGCUCUCCUCCAGCUCGUAGACCAGGAGGAACUUGACAUGGAGGACAACGUGACACGAUACUGUGUCUCCACACUCACAUGUCAGGUAGCAGAGCUUGGACUUGGUCGGAUGGUGCAGUCCUGGAAUGCACACAGGAUCCAAGGAAAAGGUUUUCCAAAUCAACUGGCUCUGGGUGGAUGCCCAAAGAAACUGCCGGCAGAUUGUUUGCCAGAGGCUGCAGAAGCUGCACAAGCUUACCGCCAGGAAGUGGGGUCAUCGCUGACGCAAGUCUCCCUUUUUGGGAGAAACCCAUUCUCCACAGCUGAACAACAAACAGCAGCUGAAAAUGAAUUUGCACAGCAAUACUUGGACAUUUCUGUGCUCUACGACAAUGCUGUGAACAACAAUCCGACCAGUUAUCAAAGCGGGAUCAAGGACCUCAUCAACAUUGUAAAGAGAUAUGUGUAGAGAGAUCUGAAAUGUCACCAACAUUUUUGUAACAUAAUGUUCUUCAUAUAUUUUUAUUUUUUCUGACUUUGUUUUUGUUAUUCUUGUAUUAAAGACUGUUGUUUUUUCACCAGGCUUUAGUCUCAUCUUUGCUUUAUCUAGCUUCCUCAAUAUGUCAUGUUAUGUCAUGUAUGAUGCUGUAUAAAAUUCAUCACAUAUAUAAGAUUAAUCGCAUAUAAUACGACAAUAAUAAUGAUAAAAACAUUUAUUUGCCUUUCUAGUCACCCAAAGUGGCCUUACACAGUUAAAUAUAUACACAGAUACAUAAAGCGCUGUUGAAACCAUUACUAAUACACUGGUAACACAAAAUUAAAACAUGUUUAAAACAGGGGAGAGUGAAGUUAUGACAAUGACUGCUGAAAGAGGUAGGUUCUGAGGUGGGUUUUGAAUGUUGGGAGAGAGUUCCAAAGCUUUGGGGCUGAGCCACUGAUAACAAGACCUCAGUUUUGUUUCCUUUGAGCUUGAGGAAAUUCUGGAAACAGGCAAUGAGGGAGUUAGGAGGGAGUGGGGCUGUGGGGUCAGAGGAGAUGUAAAGUUGUGUGUCAUCUGAUAGAUAUAAUAUAUUUAUUAUAUCACAUACUAAAGUAUAUCACAUAUAAGAUGAAACCCCAUUUGUAUUUAUGCUCUCCCAAUGAAUAAAACAAAAGUACAGAAGUACUCCUGUAAACCAAACCAAAGCAACUGGAUCUGCCUAUCCCAGAUCUCCCCCCAUUAAACAUUCACCAUCGACAAACAGCGCAGAAUCCACAUUCACUAGACUGUUAUGUUUGCAUGAGUUUAUAUUAUUGUGCAUUUUAAAAAUGAGUUUGACUUUCUAGUUACGUUGAGCAGGUAUCAACUUUUGAGUGACCAUUAUGAAACUCUGGGCUUCUUUCCCCCACCUCACUCCUAAUUGGACAGGCUUUUUCAAGAUAUAAGGCCUAAAUUAAAGCAAAUAACAACAGCAACAUAAUAAUAAUAAUAAUAAUGAUAAUAAUGAUAAUAUUAAUAAUAAACACGUAUUUGCCACCUUUAAUGAAUGUGGCACAUUUACUGGAUAUUAAAAACAUGGUGGUGUGUUGUUUUAACUGGGUAGGGGUAUCUCGAAACUAAAGCCUUUUUUUGAGCGCACACCCUGCCAUUAACCCAGAUCACAUUAACCCAGAUCAAUGUAUUAAUUGCCUGAUAGGGGAUGGUUGGUGGCAACAUUAAGGAAUGGCGACACCUGCUGGUCAUUUUAUAUACCUACUUUCAGCGCGCCUCUUCGGCCUCCUCUUGGGUGUUUAAUCCGAUAGAUAGGCUAUCUUUCGCUCAUUCAAUCAAUAAAUAGCCUACUAUCGUGCAAACUCUGUACUGUGUACACGACUUGCUUUGAUUUAGAAUUAGGGGAAGUGCAGUGGGGGCAGGCAAUACA